UGUAGCUCUUCGUCAUGACCACCACAUAUUCUAGCCACCAGAUGUUUUCCACAUGCAUGUAAGAAAGAUGCUAAAUCAAGUAGCAUCCAGUUCAAUUUUUUCCAAUUCGUAGUGAAAUUAUUUGAACACAGCAUUUGAAAGCGGAUACAAUGGCUUUUUUUUCUACACAAUUUUGACGCCUCAUUUUAUAUAUUUGGUGAUGUUUUUUGAUCAUUCAAAUUUGGCAGGGCUGUUAACAACAUUUCUCGAUGGUGUAUCAAAUUCACAACGCAUUUAUUUCGGGACAAGUAUGGGAGCUGAAUUCUUACUUCUUUUACAAGUUUGAGUACUUUUCCACAGCCGGGUAAAAAUGUCAUCCAAAUAAAAUGGACUGACUUUUGACAUUUAAAAAGAUGCAGAUGCCACGGUACAAAAGUGCUAGUGCACAGCAAAGCUUUCACUCGAAAUCUGCUUGGUAUUAGGUCGUUUUCUAAUGGUUGCUCACGGUUCCUCCAGCCCUCGCCUCUCACACCUUCCCCGCCCAUGCAGUCUCUCUCUCUCGCUCCCUCGCUCUGCUCGGUUUUGGCGACCCUGAGCUUUUUUAUGCUAUGACAUCAAACCACAAUGCAUUGCACUGUUUGGAGUUUACCUAGAGUCUCCAUGGCAACAAAGGCCGGCCCGGCCCCUUAUUCAAAUAUAACCGGAAACGGACGUCAUUUUGGGCCAAUCUGUGCGCUCUGGGGUGACAUAAUGGAAUUUUUAGGGCUAGAAAGCGAGCGGUGCAUAGCAGACGUGCCACUAGGAAGAGACAACGACUACAGGAGGGGCCCCGGCGUCUGAAACCCUCUAAGGAAAGAGGGUGGUGGUUUACAGGAAAUAUCCGCCGCUUUCCCCCCAUGUUUUGGAUAGUGGAGUCUGCGAGUGCGCGCCCUCGUGUGAGGGCGUAGAAUGGACACGAGCCUAUCCCCAGGCACUGUGCUCAAAUCUCCGAGGAGCCCCAGCACCACCUCUUCCCACACCAACAUGAUGAAGAAGGACAUCAAUCUCAACCUGGACACGCAGACCUCCGAGACCAAGGCCAAUCCGCUGCGCGACGCCGACGUGCUGCUCAACUCGCCGGAUUUGGGACUACUCAAACUGGCCUCCCCCGACCUGGAGCGUCUCAUCAUUCAGUCCAACGGGCUGGUGGGCGCCGCCAACCCGACGUCCCAGUUCCUCUACCCGAAGUCGGCCAGCGACGAGCAGGAGUUCGCGGAAGGCUUCGUCAAGGCUCUGGAGGAUUUGCACAAGCAGAACCAGCUGAGCGAAGCCGGCUGCGUCUCGGUGGACAGGCUGGAGCUCCUCGGAGCCGCCAACGCGGUGGGCUCGUCCGCGCUCCAGACGUCGGACUUCCCCGUGUACACCACGCUGAACGGCUACGCCGCCAGCCCGCUGGGCGGCACCACGAUCAAUUACUCCACCGACACCAUCCCUUUCCCGCCGCCUCCGUCCCACCUCAGCCCGCAGCACCAGCAGCGGCAGCAAUCCACCGCAGCGGCGCUGUCCCGCCUCCAGUCCGCUGGUGGGACCGUGAAGGACGAGCCGCAGACGGUUCCAGACAUGCAGAGCCUCGGGGACAGCCCGCCUCUCUCCCCGAUUGACAUGGACAACCAGGAGCGAAUUAAGGCGGAGAGGAAAAAGCUGCGCAACCGGAUAGCUGCCUCCAAGUGCCGCAAGAGGAAACUGGAGAGGAUCUCUCGGCUGGAGGACAAGGUGAAGAGCCUGAAGACGCAGAACACCGAGCUGGCGUCCACGGCCAGCGUGCUCCGGGAGCAGGUGGCUCAGCUCAAGCAGAAGGUUAUGAACCACGUCAGCAGCGGAUGCCAACUUUUACCAAACCAGGUCCAAGCUUACUAAUUUUCGGGCACGCUGAAUGACUUUGGAGGCAAAGUUGGUAAAUGCAGCGUGCAAGUGAACUGAAAGGUUCAUUGGCAGAGGGUGUGAGUCGCAAGCCUGCUGCUGAGUGGCCCCAAUGGAAGCGGCUUGUUGGCACAAAACAGCCAUGUAGCAAACUGCCGUGCAGCACCGUGAGUGUACACACGUGACACACGUGUAUGUAUACUUGAGGGUGUCAAACUCAUUUUUGUCGUGGCCACCCUAUACAGUAGUUAUGGUUUCCUCUCACAGGGCUGUUACGAAACUAUAUGCAGUACAAGUAAAAUUACCUCGUCGCGUUAUAAGCUACACUUUAUCGCAUAACUAGUUUUUAAAACAAUUUAACUAUUGUCCAAUUUACAGCGGGGCUUUAUUUUUUACAUAGUGAACACCACGGCUUGCCUGUUUUUCCCUGUUUUGGUCACGUGACAUUUGCUGUGCGAGCCCAUGGGCACAGACGUCAAUUUCAGUCGACGAAAGGGGGCGGUACAUCAUAAAAAGUCAACCUUCUUGGAAGGCUGAAAACGGGUGGAUGAGUUUUCUUAAUUCUGAUUCCACAGACACUAUAUUAUUUAGACUAGUGGUGGCACAAAAUGUUUGACUUGGCUUCCACGUUAAUUGGGAUUGUUAAUUCUAUUAUUCCAGCUUCCCCAAAACAUUUAGUACGUGUUUUCAAUCAAGUCAAAUAACACCACAUUGUAUUAAAAAAAGUGAACAUUAAGAAAUAAAAUGGUUCUCUGAAGGCAGGCGUCAGGUACACUGUGACCACCUGAGCAUGACACAGCAACAUUAAGUGCAAACAAUAUGCAAUUCCACUGGUUCAGAUGUGAGGAAGAAAUGAAGUAGAUACACAUGAUUUGCUUUAUUGGGCCAUAUAAAAUGUGGCGGCCCGUAUCUGGCCCCCAGGCCUUGAGUUUGACACCUCUAGUAUUGAUGGAAAAUCUCAACAGCCAAAUGUGUCAUUAAGUGCUGCCAUCCAAAUGUACAUAUGUACUGCCUUACUUGUUUACAAGCACUUGCUCUAACAAAUAUCUUAUUUCCGAAACCAUUUAUUUACUUUUGUUUUUCAAAAAUGAACACUGCAUGUUUUCCUGCCAGUAAACCAUUGUAUUCCAUUGUGUUUGUCUCCAUGGUGGCUGCUUAGAAGACUUUAGGCACUAAACUUCCAUGAAUGUACGUGUAUGUAUUGGGAAGCCCCAUUUGUGUACGAUGCACUCAUCUCUAACAUUUAUUACAUUCACUUCAGUAAAGUGUUUGCGCUUACAUUAUAAAUUAAACAAAAACCAGCUUUUCCUACGAUU